GUCGUUUGGCACUGGCGGUACCCAAUCCGUUACCCUUGCGAACUUGUUCCCUGGCUGGGGCUGGUGGUUUGGUGUCUCCUUCGUUCGCCCUCUGUUCCCAUCGCGGGGCGGGGCCGAGGUUUUGCUUCGUGGAUGAUGGCCCGCGCCAAAGUUUGUCUGUGGCGCGGGCAUUAUUGUCGCGGGAAGGCCCAGCUGGGCUGGGGUUGAGUAAGGUGCGCUAUUCGUGGCACCCUUGCGGGGUAGCUGGUCGCACUGGGGGUACGGAACUCGUCUUCGCGUAGACGUGCGCGGGGGUCUCCCGCUCGCUCGGGCCUAGUGGCUGAGAGGCCUACUAGUGGUUCUGGUUCCCUUUUUUCUCAUGAUAGGGUUAGGAGUCACGCCAGGCGCGUGCAACGCCUUGGCUUUUGGGUGCUCGCCUCUGAGUUUUGGAUUUUCCUACGAGGACCGUCGGUUUUCUAGCGAGGUCAGCCCGGGUCGAUUUGGAUCGACAGCAGUAUUUUUCAGCCGAUAUUCGGAUUUCUUUCCUUGCCUUCCGGGAGGGGUUGUUGCAGCCUCACGAACGGAUGGGCCUUGGCCGUAGGAGUAGGGCACUUGUCGAUGCUCAGCGUCAGUGAGUUUUCCACAAGCGAAGGUCUGCUCUUUGGUGUUCGUUUGGAGUUUGCCGGACCUGCAGCGGCUGGGUUUGUUUCGGGUAGCUUGCUAUUUUCCCACCCAGACAGUCGCUGGGGGCACGUUGGAGGUGCGACGCUAUUCUUAGGCUUGGUUAACCGGUCGGGAAAUUUUGGCUUUCUGUGUGCCCUAGGGAGGCUACUUCUUGGAAGUUUCGGAUGACCCGCUUGUCUGGUCGAGCCGGCUAGGCUAGGAUAGCUACGUACCGGGAGUGGUCGAGAAGAGAGGCUGUUUGCGUUGUCCUGACGUUAGUCUGUUUAGUCUGCUACUCUUGGAUCGCAUGGGAUUUGUUGCCAUAGUGGGAAGCUAGCUUGGUGCUUGGCUGUUCUAGUCCGUUCGCGUUAGCGCAGUAGUUUGCCACUUCUCGGGGGGAAAUUGCUGCUACUGUUAGGAUGCGAUGUGCUCUACAGCUGACCACGCAACACUUGAGCCUGAUCGG